AAAUUGCUCAAGUAAUCUCAAUCGCUCUAUUGUAGUCUCCAAAAUUUGAACUUUGGAAUUUGAAAUUUCCGGGUAGUCUUCUUCUUCUAGCGUUGGCGUUUGAUUCGAGAUUCGUUCUGCUUGAGAUUUUGUUUUGAGUAAAGUGGGAUUUGGUAUAAUCUGGGUUUGAAACAUGAGCGGAGAUCCACUUCAAUUUGAAAAUCCUAUUGAGGAUGCGGUUUCGAGGCUCAGAUUCUCCCCUGAAUCAAACAAUCUCCUUAUUGCUUCUUGGGAUUCCUAUCUGAGAUUGUAUAAUGUGGAGAGCUCUUCGCUAAGUGUAGAAUUGUACUCUCAAGCUGCUCUUCUUGAUUGCUGUUUCGAGGAUGAAUCAACUUCAUUUUCCUCUGGUUCUGAUGGAUUCAUCCGAAGGUACGAUUUAAACGCUGGAACAGUUGAUAGAAUUGGAAGACAUGAAGACAUUGCAACAUCCAUUGUAUACUCUUAUGAUAAAGGUGAAGUGAUAUCUACUGGCUUGGAUAAGAAGAUCAAAUUGUGGGAUACACGACAAAGAGAAUGUCUUGUAUGUUCGACUGAUACUAGUGCAGCAGUGAGAUGCAUUACUGUAUCUGGAAACAACUUAGUUGUUUGCAUGGACGCAUCAGUUCAUAUUUACGAUUUGCGUAACUUAGAUCAAGGUUUUCGACCGUGUGCAUCCCAAGUGGAGGUGCCAAUCAGAUGUAUUAUCUCUCUACCUUAUUCGAGAGGAUAUGCAGUUGGGUCAGUAGAUGGACAAGUAGCUGUAGAUUUCCCUGAUACAUCGUACUCUAGUGAGACAAAAUACAGCUUCCGAUGUCAUCCCAAGUGUAGGAAUGGAAGAGUAGAUGGUGUAUGCAUAAAUGCUAUCGAAUUCAGUCCGUGUGGGUCAGGGGCUUUUGUGACAGGGGACAAUGAAGGUUACGUGAUCUCAUGGAAUGCUAAAAGCAGAAGAAGACUCUUUGAGUUGCCAAGGUACUCAAACAGCAUCUCAUCUUUAGCAUUAAAUCACACUGGAGAGCUCUUGGCAGUUGCAUCAAGCCACACUUACCAAGCAGCUGAAGAGAAGGAAGAAGCACCUCAAGUGUUCAUACACAGGCUUUGAAAAGAUUUAUUAGCUUCCCUGAGGUCUACUACUGUACUUUGUAUCUAUAUUGUUUGUGUGUCUUUUGGUAGCACGUUUAGCUUUAGCUAAGUUGAUUUUUGAGUUAGCUGCUACACAGAAUUGGACUCGUUUCAGCAUGUAAUGAUUUGUUGUAUCAUCGAUUCAUCUCUCAAGUCUCUGUGUUUCAAUGUAUAACGUAUGAUUUCGACUUUUAGUCAACUUUAAUUUACUCUUUUUGAUU